AUGUAUCGGAGGGGCCCUCCCGGCCUCGGGCACCUCACGCCAAGUGUAUACAGCUACCGCUAUAGCCACACCUUCAGUAGGCAGGUGCAUCGUCGUUAUGAAGCUGAUGACGAAAACGGGUACCGCGUCGAGUACCCCAUCACCCACUCCCUCCGCCCGCUACCCGCAUGCCCCAUGGAUGCCAACGACCAUGACGACUCGCUGCACGAUCCUGCCGCUCAUGACCCACCCGAUGAGUCCACGGGUUCCCCAGACAUUGAGGACGACCCGCCUGACUCCGAUGACUUGAAUAUUGAAGUGAACAUAUUCUUGUCACGUAUCUACGGGGGCAUCCUGUCGCCGGACACCUCACGCCAAGUGUAUAUAGCCGCCAAUAAAGCCACACCUUCAGUAGGCAGGUGCACCGCCGUCAUGAAGCUGCUGGUGCUCUUUCUCUUAGGUGUCAUCACAUCCGCAGCCCCACAGACAAAUAUCCCGUUACACCAGCAAUAUGUUACUCACACUGACCAUUUCAAAUACGUGGAUCCGAAGAUCCUCAAGGAGAUCCGUUGGCCGAAGUCAAACUCCAACAAUUACGGGUUCUUCCUCCCAAACGGAACCACAAUUGAGCUGCAACACUUGGGUGACGGAAACGGGCACCAGCAACAGAGAAACAACUUCCUCUCCUGGCUGACAGAACGUGUCGUCGGGAUUCACAGUUACAUUACAGUGACUGCAGAAUAAAACACGUUCAGUCUUACUCAUUCUUUCAGUGACUCUCUUGGCGAUGAUUAGGCGACUAACUUUCCAUUUCUCAGACAGUCACAUUGUCACUAAAUCAGUCCGCCAAUGCCCACCACUACGAGCCACCAUAACACAUCUACGACUCAAUCACCAUCGAGCUGUAGACACCUGCCUGAUAUCACCCUACACUUGCAGAGAACAAAACACUAAUUGGUUAGUUAUUUGGAAGUUUUAUCUCGGCGCAGCAACAUCAAGGUCAUAUGCCGCGGAAGCAAAACAUAUACCAAGAUAUGUAUUUUAAUAAAAUAAAUAAAGGGAAUCAAUGUU